AAUUCUGCUGCUUUUUUCUAUUAGUAUCUGAUAAACUAUUUAAUUCAUUAAAAAAAAUGAAUUCUUAGAUGUGUGACGAUUCUUCUUUUCCAUACAUUCUUCUCAACAUAUUCUCACCAGGUGUAACAGUUCUUGUUUUUCAUGUUACUCUAUCAGCCUAGCUUUUCGGAAAUUUUUAGGAUGACAUGAAAGACGGACAGGCUAGUUAGUUUUCCUCAAUCUAAAAGGUCAAUGUUUUCCAACUACAAAUAUAGAAGCAACACUCACCUCUCUUUCGAUAUCUCUGGCAAUUGUAAUUAACUCCAAUGAUUUCCUCUCGGGCUUUAUCUCUCAUGCGCAAGCCAUUCUUUCCCACCACAUGUCGCUCGUUCGGGACUUUCUAUGGUCAUGAGAACCGUAACAUUAUUCGCAGCUUCAAGGUUGCCAGCAUGGAGAUUCCGAAGGGUGGUCAUCGCCUCUCGUUAUUCAUCUCAUAUUCAACAACAGUCACAUCAGAGAGUGAAGACGAUGCUUAUCCGGAACCUAAUAAGAAGGCAAAACAAACCAAAUGGUUCAACAGAUUCUCACUCAAUAAACGGUCCAGGAACAAAAGGUCCAGGCUGACGGAAGCCGGCAGUAGUGACUGUUGCGUAAAGGACGGUCAGAAGGUAAAAAUUCACUACAAGAUCUAUGAUAUUCACACUCAUGAAGUGCGUUGCGAAACUAACCCGGAACAUGAUCCUAAAAUAAUUGGUCCAGGCGACAACAAAAUAUGUGAAGAAUAUGGAACUUAUGCAGGCUUGUAUGAUGGGAUUGUGGGCAUGCGAGUUGGGCAAAUAAGAACAAUCGUCCUUCCACCGUCUUCAGAUUUGACUGGAGAACACAAUAAGAUGAUGAUGAAGAAGAAGCACUUCGAAGAACAUGGAAUUUAUGAUGUGUGCUUGGUCGAAAUCAUCGGAUGACCAACUUGAUCUGGAGACCAAAUAAGGGGUGUCACUUCGAAGAACAUGGAAUUUAUGAUGUGUGCUUGGUCGAAAUCAUCGGAUGACCAACUUGAUCUGGAGACCAAAUAAGGGGUGUCGCGUGGCUUGUAUUUUUAGGUGUAAGAGGUUCUUCAGCUACUAGAUGUGAUGAAGGAUGAAGGACUUUAAUUUUUAGUUCACCCGUGGUUUUAGUAAGAGUCGUCUCAUUAAUAAUGAAUUCAGUGUGUACGUAUUGAAUAAUGUAUAAUUAUUAUGCUUCUGUAAGAACACGUUUGAACUAAGUAAUAAUAAUUUGAUAUUUAAGAAAAAUAUAAAUUUUUGUUUU